GUUAUUGUUAAUUCUUUAAAGAGUGCCAGACUUCAGCCUGAUAACAAGUAACUUGCUUGCAGACAAGUCUGGUCUUUUCCAGCCUCACUUGCAGGUCUGUAGUGUAAUCUAGAACCACCUGUGGUGUGUCUGGACCCCGAGAGCCUCAAAGCUGAUGGCUGCCUAUUCAUUCUACUAUCUCAAAUCAUGCAGUGUCACUGUGUAUGCACACACACACACACACACACACACACACACACACACACACACACACGGCGUGCUCACGCAGUGCUCUGGACCCCAUGUAGAGGGGCUCUUUCUACAUAUAGCUCCCCUCCAGGAUGCUGGCCUGAAACUGCCAGCCUCCCGCAGCCUACUGAGAGCCUGACGUCUUUCUGCCCCACUUAGCACGGCUUCUGGGCUAUAUCUGGGUCUCCGUUAGUGUCUUUGUCCUGAAAUUGACUGGGCAGAAGCUAGAGUAGCCCUCAGUCACCAUGCCCUUCCUCAUCUUGUUUUCUGUCUUUUCAGUACACGUAUGCACAUGACUCGUCUGAGCAUCUGACUUUAGACACUUUAUCCAUUUCUGUUUGCCCAGUUUUGUGGUUGUCUGCAGCAGAAUAAGUCCUUAGCUGUUACUGCCUCCAGUGUGGCAUCAGCAGAGGUGACUAGAGGAAGGGAUGAGAAGUUCCUGAUGUCCACCAAGUACAACAAGGACUCCAAGAUGUACCGUGCGAUUCAGACUGUGUUUGGGGAGAGACUGUUUGGCCAGGGCUUGGUGUCUGAAUGUGACUAUGGGCGCUGGUACAAGCAGAGGAGAGUCAUGGACUUGGCCUUCAGCCGUAGCUCCUUGGUUAGCCUGAUGGAGACGUUCAACGAGAAGGCAGAACAGCUGGUGGAAAUCCUAGAAGCUAAGGCGGAUGGACAGACACCGGUGUCCAUGCAGGACAUGCUGACCUGUGCCACCAUCGACAUCCUGGCCAAGGCAGCUUUUGGGAUGGAGACCAGUAUGCUACUGGGUGCCCAGAAACCGCUGUCCCAGGCAGUGAAAGUCAUGCUGGAGGGUAUCAGUGCAUCCCGUAACACCCUGGCAAAGUUCAUGCCAGGGAAGAGAAAGCAGCUCCGGGAGAUCCGAGAGAGCAUCCGCCUGCUGCGCCAGGUGGGGAAGGAUUGGGUGCAGCGCCGCCGCGAGGCCCUGAAGAGGGGCGAGGACGUGCCGGCUGACAUCCUCACGCAGAUUCUCAAAGCUGAAGAGGGAGCCCAGGACGAUGAGGUUCUGCUGGACAACUUCGUUACCUUCUUCAUUGCGGGUCAUGAGACUUCUGCCAACCAUCUGGCAUUCACAGUGAUGGAGUUGUCUCGUCAGCCAGAGAUCGUGGCCAGGCUGCAGGCCGAGGUGGAUGAGGUUGUCGGUUCCAAGCGGCACCUGGACUACGAGGAUCUUGGGAGACUGCAAUAUCUGUCACAGGUCCUCAAAGAGUCUCUGAGGCUGUACCCGCCAGCAUGGGGCACCUUUCGCCUGCUGGAGGAAGAGACCUUGAUUGAUGGGGUCAGAGUCCCUGGCAACACUCCUCUCCUGUUCAGCACCUAUGUCAUGGGAAGGAUGGACAUCUACUUUGAAGACCCACUGACUUUCAACCCUGACCGCUUUGGCCCCGGAGCACCCAAGCCACGGUUCACUUACUUCCCCUUUUCCCUGGGCCACCGGUCUUGCAUCGGGCAGCAGUUUGCUCAGAUGGAGGUGAAAGUCGUUAUGGCCAAGCUGCUUCAGAGGCUGGAGUUCCGGCUGGUGCCUGGGCAGCGCUUUGGGCUGCAAGAGCAGGCUACGCUCAAGCCACUGGAUCCCGUGCUGUGCACCCUGAGGCCCCGGGGCUGGCAGCCUGCACCCCCACCCCCACCCUGCUGAGCCCUGGGUAGGGUCAGACUCCUUGGACCAGGGUCUCAUUGGCCCCCAUUGAUGCCCAUGGCCACCCACUGGCACCCCUGACCCUUCUGCCACCUUCCACGAUGGCUCCUGGCGAGCCCUGUCCCCACGCCUGCUUCACACCCUGAGUGCUUCCUGUCAUUGCUGGCUUUUCAGCUCUUUCUGGUGGGCCCUGCCUGACUCCCAGCUAUCGUCACCACCACCAUCGUCUUCCCAAACCUCUGAACUUCUGCACUGGCCACACCCUCAAAAGAGACACCCUAACUCUUGCUGACUCCCUAAACUCUUCAAGUGACACGUCCCCAGGAAGCCCUCCUUGCUACCCACGGCCAGGCCAGGGUCUCUCCUCUGUGCUCCUACCUCUAACACACUGACCACACUGUAUUGUGAAUGUCUGCUCAUGUGACCAGCUGCCCUGCCAGGCUGUGAGUGCCACAGGGCAGGGUCUGUGUGCACUUUGCCUCUGAGGCCCUGUUGCUAACUAGGGUCUGGAACAGAGUCAAUGCCCAAUAAACAUGUGUUGACUGCAUGAA